AUGGAAAAGCUUUACACUUCCAUAGCCUUUACCAUAAUCAUAGCAUUAUCAAAUUCGUUUUUGGGUAAUGCAGGAGACCCAGAUAUCCUUAAAGAUUACUUAAUACCUACAGAUAUUGCUAACCCCGCCAACAUAACUAGCCAAUAUUUCACAUACACAGGGUUUAGAGAACUAGUAAAUGUCAACUUAACUGGCCAAACGACAGCAAUAGUUACAAAAGCAUCAAUGAAAGAAUUUCCUGCUCUAGAAGGCCAAGGAGUAUCAGUUGCUGCUCUUAUAUAUCCUCCUUCAGGAAUUAACCCUCCGCAUGUUCAUCCAAGAGCAGCUGAGCUACUGAUAGUAAUACAAGGCGUUUUAGAAAUUGGGUUUGUGGAUUCGACAAACAAACUGUUUACCCAAACUCUUCAAGUUCCUGACAUGUUUAUCUUCCCUAAAGGACUCGUUCAUUUUCAGGUUAAUACAAGAAGUGAUUAUCCUGCUUAUGCUCUUGGGAUGUUUGGAAGCGCAAAUGCUGGGACUGGUUCUUUGCCGGCUAAUGUGUUUGGAAGUGGGAUUAGUGCUGAAAUUCUUGCUAAGGCAUUCAAAACUGAUGCAGAGACAAUUUCCAAGCUAAUAGCUGCUAAUAAACCCUCAACAUAA